UAAGUCUCAGUUUCCAUUAAAUAUUGAUACAUAUUAACAAUCAACAAAUCAUGAAAUAUAAUUUUCUCAACACACAAACAAAUACAAUUAAAUUUUUCUCAAUAACAAUCAACUAGAUUUAUAUUAUUAGUUUUAAAUUCACAUUAUAAACUCAAAUCCCUAAUUGGAAACAUAAUCAACAAUUUAAACUAAUAAGUUACAAAAAAAGUUCAAGAUUAACUAAUCUAAAUCUCAACAGUAAUCAUUUGAUUAUUAUAUUCAUCUAAAAACAUCAAUCAUCACAACAAUCAAGUUAAUCAAUUUACAUCAUUUACUCCCAAUUAUCAUUGAUUACGAGAAAAGUGAACCAAAAGUUUUCUAUUAAUACAUAAAGAAUUAAUCAACAAUCAACAACAGUUUUGCGACAACAAUUUGUAAAUUGUCAUCGAAAUGAAAGUGUUAAUUUCAUUGUGUUUAAUAUGGAUCAUUGUACCAAUCAUUGAUUGUAGAUUCUUUGAUUCAGAUUAUUCAGUUAAAGCAUUUCGACAACAUAAACUAUUCACCGAUACAACAAGUGAACAAUUAACUAAGGAUUUAAUUAUUUACCAUCAAGUGAUUCGUGAUUAUCAUAAUUUAGAUCCAUUGGUUCAUAGCUCUGUGCUGGAAAGUUAUGCUCGUCACAGAGCAAUUUUAAUCUCCUAUUGGGAUCAAGAUGCUUAUCCCAUUAGUGAUUCAUUGCAUGUCGGUGAAAAUGUUUGGUUCCAACCUAAUGAAACGUUGACCAAUGCAACAACCGUUAUUCGGGGCUGGUAUUACCAACAACUGACCAAUUACAAUUACAGUGAGCCCAAAAUUACACCAAGGAAUCAAAAUUUUGCUCAAAUUGUUUGGAAAGAGACAACACAAUUGGGAUGUGGUCAAGUUUACUCAUCCCGAUCAGUGAGUGACCCAAACAAGUCGGGCACUUAUACCGUUUGUCAUUACUUUAAGGCUGGACUUACACCCUCCCAGGAGUCAAUUAACAUCCCACCUCCACAAUCAAUAACACCCUUGACAGUUAAUCCCAGAAAUUUGGAGACAAUUAUUGAAGGAAUGGUCAAAAAUUUGAUCAACGAUAAGAGCAAUCAAAUUUAAUUAACAUCAAAAGUAAAGACAUAAUGGUUAAGUCUAAACUCUAAGAGUUUAUCUUAAUUUAAUUGUUCCAACAACAACAACAACAACAAUUUAAUAUGAUAGUAAUUGUAUUCCGUGAUUAUUGAUCAUUCAAUUUAAUGUUAUCAAAAGUUAAUCACUUCUUGUAAUACAAUCAAAAUUAAUGUGACGACGAUUAAAAUGUUAUAAGUGAAUUAUGAUAACUUCCAAGCAGA